AUGAAACUGUUCAAGGUGUCUGUUCUGGCUAUGGUGGCUUCAGCCGCUGCUUUCUCCACCGUCUCGUUGGCGAACUGUGGAAGACGGUCGGCAUCUGCUCCAGCCACCACCAAUACUUGUGGAGCUGGCGAUCACACCAGUCUUCAUGCACCUACUGCCCACUCGACGGCCCUGUAUCAGGCUGGUCGCAGCGAUGCCCCACCACUGCGCAAAACCAAGCCUCGACGAAUUUGUUUAAUGGUGGAACCCACGCCCUUCACCCACGUGUCGGGAUAUGCCAACCGCUUUAAGGAAAUGCUCAAGUUCUUGUCCAAGGCAGGCGACGAUGUGGAUAUCUUGACGGUGGACUCCAUGACACCCAAGAAAGAUCUCCCCAGCGAAUUUAAUGGGUUUCCUGUGAGACAUACCCAAGGAUUCACCUUUCCUCUCUACAAUCAAAUCUCCUUGACCUUUGAUCUGCCCGAAAUGAAGGGUGCUCAAAUCCUAGAAAACUUCAAGCCUGACCUGAUCCAUGUGACCAGUCCUGGGCUUUUGGUCUUUGCAGCUCUCUUCUAUGCCCGAGUCAUGUGCGUACCCCUACUGAUUAGUUAUCACACUCAUCUCCCCACGUACGGCAAAAACUAUUUGGGCUUUAUCCCAAAGGUCGAAUCCAUCUGCUGGGAGCUCCUUCGUUGGGUGCAUUCUAGAGCCGAUCUUACGUUGGUGACAUCCCCUCAAAUGAGAGACGAAUUGGUCAGCCAUGGAAUCCCCCGCGUGGACGUUUGGAGAAAGGGAAUUGAUACCGAGCGGUUCCAGCCAUCCUUUAAGAGCGAGGAAAUGAGAAAGAAGAUGACCAAUGGAAACCCCAACGACUUUUUGAUGGUCUACGUAGGACGCCUGGGUGCCGAAAAACGACUCAAAGAUAUUCGUCCCAUGCUGGAAAAAAUGCCCGGUUCAAGGUUGUGUGUUGUAGGAAAAGGACCCCAGGAAGCAGAACUCAGGGAGUAUUUCAAGGAUACCAACACUGUGUUUACUGGCCAGAUCAGUGGAGAUGAGUUGAGCCAAGCCUUUGCUUCUGCGGAUGCCUUUGUCAUGCCCAGUGACUCGGAAACGUUGGGAUUCGUAGUGUUGGAAUCCAUGGCGAGCGGAGUGCCCGUUGUCGGAGCCAAAGCUGGAGGAAUCCCUCACUUGAUUGAUGAUGGCAAAGAUGGUUUCUUGGUACCUCCUGGUGAUAUUGAUGGCUUUGUAGACCGAUUGAGCCAGUUGAAGGAUACAAGAUUCCGUGCCAGAAUGGGUAAGAAGGCUCGUGCCGAAGCAGAGCGUUGGGGUUGGGAGGCAGCUACUUCCGUCCUACGCAACAUUCAAUACGAAAGAGCUUUGGUCAACUUUCAUUCUCGUGCAUUUGGUGGCUUUGGACGCCCUGGUACCCGUGGUGUCUGGCGUCUUUUGGGAAUGCGUAUUCGUAGUUUCUUCAGAAGAUACCUUGGGAUUCCUCUAUUUGGCAAACGCAACAACAAACCCCAGGACAACCCAGAGAUUGCUCCGUCUCCAUAG